AUGCUUUAUUCCAAUGUCCUUAGUUUUUAUCCAGUGCCCUUUUUCUGUUCCAGGAUCCCAUCCAGAAUACAUUUAGUUUUCUCAUCUUGUUAGGCUUUAACGGUUUCCCAGACUUUACUUUUGAUAACCUUGGCAAUUUUGAGUUUUGUAGAAUGUCCUUAAAUAGGCAUUUGUCUGAAGUUUUUCUCAUGAGUGGAUUGGAGUUGUGGGUUUUUGGGAGGAAGUACGCAGAGGUGAAGUGUUCUCAUUACAUCACAUUAAGUCUCUAUUUAUCGCUAUAGAUGUUAACCUUAACCUUAGUCACCUUGGCUGACUUAGGUGUUAGGUUUCUCCACUAGAACGUUCCUGUUUUUUUCCUCUUUCCAUACUUGACUCUGGAAAAAGGGUACUCUGUGCUCCUCCCACUUAGAGUAGGGAGUUUCACUCUACCUCCUUGAGGGAGGAAUAUGUAAAGAAAUAAUUUAGAAUCCUUCCACACAGGAGGUUUAUUCUCUCCAUCCUAGUUGGAUUUCGAUAAGAUGAUUUUUUUGUCUGUCCUCUGAAUUCCAAAUGUUAAUUCUGUAGCACUUGUAUUAUGUUUGUCAUUUGCCACCUAGCGACAUCACCUAUAUUUGUGUGCAUGUGUGAUAAGUGAACAGAUUUAUGUCUUAUUUACUCAAGGAGAUUGUAAAUUUCUUGAGGACUGGGAAAGCAUCUUAUUUAAAGCCCCUUACAGAGUUGGAUGCAGUGCAGGCAGUUAAUAAAUAGUAAGCAAAUGGUUUUUAAAUUAGUUUAAUUAAACAUUUAAAUAUUAACCGUAGUUAAUUGAAACAGGUCAUCAAAGUCUAAGUAUAUGAGAAAUGUGGUAAGAUGAGGAUACUGUUUACUUGGCAUCCUGAUUUGUGAAAUUGUCCUGAACUUGUAAUUGUGGCUAAUAAGAUAUUUACUAUGUGCCAAUAACUUCUGUAAGUAAUUUACAUAUAUUAUUUAAUCUUCCAGACAGCCCUAUAAGUUGGUACCAUUAUCCCCAUUUUAUAGAUAAGGAAACUGAGAUGAACGAAGGUUUAAUAAGUUGUUCAGGAUCACAAAAAUGGGAAGUAGCUCAACUGGGAUUUUGAUCUCAAAUACUCUGGCUCCAGAGUUUUGAACUCUUAACCACUGGGCUCUAGAUUCAUUGAAGUGAUUAAAAUGGUGUCUCUUUGAGGGGAAAGAACAAGAUCGUGAUUUAAAUAUUUCAUUCGAACCUGUUAGGAUACUCCUGAUGACACCACAGCAAUCUUGCUGUAUUUUUCCUAGGGGAAGUAUUUACGUAAAGCCACGGCUAUUUUUCCUUCGUGUGUGUGUGCGUGUGUGUGCGUUUAUGAGUAAUUCUUGUGUAGUGCAUCUAAUUGUAUUUCUUUGAAAUAUAGGCAUGUUCAUGAUUAAUAUAUCAUAUACAGACUAUAUUCUAGAUAUCUCUCACUCUCUAGCCAUAUGAUCUGUUGAAAGAUAGUGGGCUUUUUAUUUCUUCUCUGGCAUUUUUAGACAGAAGUGGUCACUAGGUCUUGUCAAAUAAACACUCCCUCAGUGUGUUUCUUGCCGGAUUGGUCACACCUGGGGGCCCCAGGAGGGAGCCUAAAUUUCAGCAGCAAUGCAGGAGAGGGAGGAGGACUUCUUUCGAAGCCACCCAAGCCAUGAAUCGGUGCUGGCUUCCUGAACCAUAAACAAAUGCGAGCUUUGUUCUCCCCAUUCCUCAUUUGGUCCCAAGUAUGACUCAGGGUUAGGCUGGGUCCUCAGGCUCUGUGCUGUUGGAAGGAAGUGGGAGGAUUCCAGGGGUGUUCUGGGACCUUUUCAAACUGAAGAGAGGAGGCUGGCUGCAUGAUGGGAGAAGAGACUAUUGGGAAGAAGUUACCUGCAACUACAGCAACUCCAGACUCGUCGAAAACAGAAAUGGACAGCAGGACAAAAAGCAAGGAUUACUGCAAAGUAAUAUUUCCAUAUGAGGCACAGAAUGAUGAUGAACUGACAAUCAAAGAAGGAGAUAUAGUCACUCUCAUCAAUAAGGACUGCAUUGACGUAGGCUGGUGGGAAGGAGAGCUGAACGGCAGACGAGGCGUGUUCCCCGAUAACUUCGUAAAGUUACUUCCACCGGACUUUGAAAAGGAGGGGAAUAGACCCAAGAAGCCACCACCUCCAUCCGCUCCUGUCAUCAAACAAGGGGCAGGUACCACUGAGAGAAAACAUGAACUUAAAAAGAUACCUCCUGAAAGACCAGAAAUGCUUCCCAACAGAACAGAAGAAAAAGAAAGACCAGAGAGAGAGCCAAAACUGGAUUUACAGAAGCCCUCCGUUCCUGCCAUACCGCCAAAAAAGCCUCGGCCACCUAAGACCAAUUCUCUCAGCAGACCUGGUGCACUGCCCCCAAGAAGGCCAGAGCGACCGGUGGGUCCGCUGACACACACCAGGGGUGACAGUCCAAAGAUUGACUUGGUGGGCAGUUCACUUUCUGGCAUCCUGGACAAAGAUCUCUCGGACCGCAGCAAUGACAUCGACCUAGAAGGUUUUGACUCCGUGGUGUCAUCUACUGAGAAACUCAGUCAUCCGACCACAAGCAGACCAAAAGCUACGGGGAGGCGGCCUCCAUCCCAGUCCCUCACAUCUUCAUCCCUUUCAAGCCCUGAUAUCUUCGACUCCCCAAGUCCCGAAGAGGAUAAGGAGGAACACAUUUCACUUGCGCACAGAGGAGUGGACGCGUCAAAGAAAACUUCCAAGACUGUUACCAUAUCCCAAGUGUCCGACAACAAAGCAUCCCUGCCACCCAAGCCGGGGACCAUGGCAGCAGGUGGUGGUGGGCCAGCCCCUUUGUCCUCGGCGGCACCCUCCCCCCUGUCAUCCUCUUUGGGAACAGCUGGACACAGAGCCAACUCCCCGUCUCUGUUCAGCACGGAAGGAAAACCAAAGAUGGAGCCUGCGGCCGGCAGCCAGGCGGCUGUGGAGGAGCUAAGGACACAGGUCCGCGAGCUGAGGAGCAUCAUUGAGAACAUGAAGGACCAGCAGAAACGAGAGAUUAAACAGUUAUUGUCUGAGUUGGAUGAAGAAAAGAAAAUCCGGCUUCGGUUGCAGAUGGAAGUGAAUGACAUAAAGAAAGCUCUACAAUCAAAAUGAAUACUUGAUCAAUGAAAUGUCACAUUAUUCAUCCUGAGUCUGAGACUCAAAUUUUCUGCCCCAGCCAAAAUAAUCUUGUGCCAAAAGAUUAAAGGUUUGCCUCAACAUGUCCCUGUUUGAAAGAUUAGCACAAAAGUCUUGAUAGCACAACACAAAUUCCAUCCAAGAGGAGAAUCUUCCCCAGGGUUUAGUCCCGGGGCUGGCACUUGUUGUGACUUACACAGAGCAAAAUUGUGCUAAAGGCUUUUCUACUUUGAGAUCUCAAUGCGAAACGAAAACUCAGGCAGUUUAGUCCAUAGUGGUACUAUUUUGAUGAUAUUUUCCAUUAAUAAAAUGUAAUUUCAGAUUAUUCGUUUACAAGCUUUAUAAUUUUAUGAUUUUUUAAUCGUGUUUUGUCACAGACUCCCCUAGUGUUUGUACUACAUGUAGUCAGAAGCAAGUGUCCUUUUCUUUUGCUUCAGGCUGAGAGCUGCCUUGCUCUUUGUCCCCCCCAUUAGGAUUCUAUUACAUAUUCAAUUUUAGGUUCAAGCUGUCCCUUCCCCUGCCAGCAAGCCCCACCACCCUAAGAGAAAUUUUAGCUUAUAUAUGAUGGUAUAUUUACAAAAAGAGAAAGAGAAAAUCUGGUAUUUGCAAUGAUCUGUGCCUUCUUUUUACCACCCUCUUGAUUGGAGCUUUUGUGAUGCAGCUACCAUGAUUCAAAAAAAUUUAAAAAUAAAAAUUAAAAAAAAAAAAAAAAUCUGCCACUUAUCCAAGUCCACUAGAGGCCACUGUCUUCAAAGCUUCUCUCACCCUAGCCAAAGGUCCUAAGAGGAGACAGCUGUGAAGUUUGGCAUGCUCUGUGGUACCAGCUGUGACUUCUAAGUUUCUCCUAGUUUUAGGUUGUUCAUGAAACUAGAAAUGUCAUCCCUGCUUGAUUUUUCAUCAGCCAAGUUAAACCCCUGCUUUCUGUCCUUUGCACCUUUUGCGUGAACAGAAUAUGCAUUAUUAAAGCAAAAAUAAAUAAAAGUAAAAUGCAAAUGAAAACAAGGGGGGGAAAGUUGUAUUAUUUCCUGCACUGGGUUAUCCGUGUGUGUUAUUGUUUAAACUGUAUUCACAUAAUGUCAUUUGCCUUGCUCACUUGUAACCCCUUCCUCAGGUCCAAGAGAAUGGGAGGAGGGUCUUGUUGAAGUGUAGCCUUUGGAUCUUUCUUGCAUUUAUGGAGUUGUUUUUUCUUUCCCAAGGAAACUGAUGUUUGCCUGUCUGCUUUAUCUUUGUAGGACAUGAACAGUUCAGCCUUAGACUAUGUAACUGUUUUCUCAAUCCUUAGCUGAAAAUGAGGAGCCUACUGUAUUGCAAGACUGUUCAGGGGUAGGGGUGGAGGGGGUGGUCCCUUAAUGGCCCCUGAAGAUGUUGGAUGUGUUUCUCAAAAGCUGCUUUGUCUAUUUUCUGAAUUUAAUAGUGAAACUACUAAACAUUAAUAGAUUUGCACAGCCACAAAGAAUGAGAGUUGAUAAUACUGAAGAAGUGAUGCAAAAAAAUCACAUUAUUGAUCAUUGAUAGUAUUACAAAUAAAUAUCUCUUCCUUUAUCUUCCUCCCUCCCUCCCUCUGCCUUCCUCUUGCCUAUGUGCUCAUCCUUGCUACUUGAGGCCAUUAUUUCCCUCCAAGUAUUUACAGAGUCCUAACACCUUGGUCUUCCUGGGUGGGGGCACAGUUAAGGGAAGGGGAGUGUAUAAGGGAGGAAACCUCACACCCUCCAUUCCCAUCCCGAGAUAUAUUGUCUUUUCAGCAGCCUUGGGGUCAGGAGUGCCAAGUUCCCAAGAGCAGCGUAAAACAUUGCUGGACCCCUUGACAGUUCUAAGCAUUUCUGUGUUAAACUUGAAUAUUUCAGAGAUUCCUCACCACCUAGUGAUCUAAGAAUGCAGAUUGGAUUCUUCGACGUCCAAAUUUCUCAUCUACUUAUGAAAAUCCCUAAUGAUACAGUUUUAUAUAAUGUGUAUAGAGAGUAGAAUUGUUGAUUAAAUUGAGCAGUUGGAGCACCCCCAUGGGGCACUGGCAACAUGGAAUGUAGAGGGCUGAUGUCUUCCCCUCAUACAGGCCAUUGGCUUCCUUUGUAUAAGGAGAGGGAGAAGCAGUUCUGGAAGGAGAAGUUGAUAUGUCCAGCUUCAUUGCUGCUCCUCAGGCUACCCAGCAAGAGGAUUCUGCAUCAAGGAACUGGAUGAGCCGCUACCUAAACAGCCACAAUUUUUACUCUUUACAUAAUGGACCCAUCGAGAAUGUUGAAAAGCUUGGAAGUAUCACUUUUGAAAAAAAAAUUCUUUUGCAUUCAGCAUGGACUCGACCAAGCACCUAUGGAGAUUAUUUUUUUGCUUCAUUUUCUAAAGUUGUAUUUAGAAAAGUCUUAAGUAUUGUGCUUUGUAAAGAAGACGAUUAAAAUGAAAUUUUGUGAGAA